AUGCAUUCUUUAUUUUAUCGUAACCAAAACCUCAAUUCAUAUAUCGUAUUCAACACCCAUCCAAUAUUAACAUUCCUUAUUCUAAUCCUAUAUAUCCUUAAAUUAAAUACUGCUGAAUUAACAAUAUAUGAUUCUUCGAAUAAUGAGAUAAAAACAUACGAAAAUAUAGAUAUUAUGGGAAUACAUAAACCAGCUUACGGCGUUUCAGGACAAUUAUUUAUAGCAUCGUUCGUUAAACCUAACAACGAUAAAGAUGACGCUUGUAAAAUAAUUAAUUUACCUUUAAUUGAAGAGGACACUAUACUUGUUGUACCAUUUCAUGAUGCAUACAAUGUUGGAUGCAUGUCAUAUUCAGACAUAAUUAAAAGUAAUAAUUGGGAAUAUAAUGAUGAUGUCGAUAUACCCUCGUCGAAAGUUCCAAAUGAUGAUAAUGAUGAUGGUAGCAGGGAACAAGAUAAAGUACCAAAAGAAACUGUUAAUGCUCCUAAAACGCCAGAUGAUCCAAUAAACAAUAAAAAUCCACCAGAUACAACUCCGGCUGAUAAGAAUCCACCAGAUGAUACUCCGAAAGAUACUAAUCCAGAUAAUACUCCAAAAGAUACUCCGAAAGAUACUAAUCCAGAAAAUACUCCGAAAGAUACAACCACAGACAAAACUCCGAAAGAUACAACCACAGACAAUACUCCGAAAGAUACAACCACAGACAAUACUCCGAAAGAUACAACCACAGACAAUACUCCGAAAGAUACAACUACAGACAAUACUCCGAAAGAUACGACACCAGACACGACGUCGCGAGAUUCUACUUCAACUGCUACAACCCCAACUGAUAAAUCUACUCCGGAACCUACAAAAGAUAAAAUAAUCGAAUUAGAAGUUUCAGCAAACAUCCCACCUGUAGAAACAAAAGUUAAAGUUGGGUUAAGAAGAAGACAAGAUAUUUCGUUUAAAUAUAUUCCUAAAGUCAUUGUCUUCACUUCUACGAAUGAAGGGGAACCUGGUAUCAAGGAAUUUUCUAGUGGUGAUAGAGGUGUAUUGGAAAAAUCCAUACCUGGAUUAACAUUAUUAAAACAUGAGGAUAUAUCUGAAUUGAAAGAAAUUAGAAAUGAAAUUUCUCGUGCUAAAAUCACAUCUGGACAGAGCAAGUGGUAUGAUUUAGUUACAAGUUCAUCAUGGAUUGCUUUGAGUGUUAUAAUGGGUAUAAUAUACGUUAUUAUAAUCAUCGUGUCAACAUUUUUAUUAGUAAGCUAUUAUAAAAAAUUUGGAUUUGCAGUGAAAAAUAUUAAAUUUUACAUUUAUCCCGGAAUUGCACUCGUUUGCAUAUUAGGGAUUAUCAUAUUAACGGUCGACCCUGGAAAUAUUCAUGAAGAAAGAAUAAGUUUAUUUGCUCAUGCAUUUAUCAGUAAUUCAAAAGAUCUAUUAUUGUUCAUCAUUUUCACAAUUUUGGAAAUUCAAUGGAAAAAGGCGGCAUCAAUCAUAUGUCAAACACAUCAACAUUAUUCCAAACAUACAACAAUUUUAAGUAAAAUAUAUUCGUAUAUUUUAUCGUUCUGCAUAACUGUAUUUAUGUUUGGAUUUUUAAUUAAAACAUUAUCAUUUUUGAAUACCACGACAACUUGGUUUAAAUCAAUAAUCAAAUUAGCUUAUGUGCUGGAGUCCGUCUCAGUAGGGUUUGUCGGUAUCGAAUUUAUAUUAUUUGGCGUAUAUAUCUUUACCGCGUUAAGAAAGAAAGUUCAACGACAGAACUUAAGGUAUAAAAGGAAAGUUACCGCAGUAAAAGUAUUAAUCAUGAACAUUUCUUUUGCGUUCGCAAUUCUAUUAUUUGUGGUUACUGAAUCCUUGCAAUUUUUAAUACCGACAAUCGUAAAUUUAUGGUUACACCUAGCGUUGGGAAACAUUGGUACUGUGGUAGCUUGUAUUAUUAUAAUGAUAGUUUUACAAGACGAAAUAAUUGGAAAACAUCUUCAAUUGGCUAAAACCAAUCGAAAUUUUGAUAAUAUGAAUGACCAUGAUAUUCGUUCUUCAAGCAGCGAUAGUAGUUCUUCCAUAGAUGUUACAUCUAUUGCGACGCCAGAAACGAUGACAAUAAAUAGAUUAUCCUUGGAUGCGCCACCGGUUAGUACAUUAUCAACACCAAGACAUUCAUUAUCAUCACCUAGACCCUCAUUAUCAUCAACAAGGCCUCCAAGAAAUUUAACUACAAUAGUUGAAUUGCCUUUAGAGCGCAAUAUGUCAACAUUUUCAUCCACAAAUUCAGAAACUUCAAGUAAUAGAUUAUUUCAUCAAAGGUUGCAUUCUAAUACCAGUAUGCUAUUGCAUACAUAUUUAAAUAAUUUAAAUGAUUUCUAA